GUCACGGAAAGGCGGAGGACCUGCAAACGGCCGUCUCUUUCUCUCUCGCGUUUGCGCCAUAACCAGUACCGGUAAGCAUCAUCAACAGUAGCAUUUCACAGAGGGAAAGCGAAAAGUAGAGAGAGAGAGGUGAUGCAGUACAAUGUGAGUAAACACUGCGAGCGUGCUUUCGUCUACUUUUUCAGAAUCACAUCAUCACCCACCAGAGCCACCACUCACCACUACUCGGAGUGCUCAGUUACAUUUUUCCUCAGCGUAAGCGACGUGCUGCUGAGAUCUUGCGAUUUCUAGUAUUGAAGAUGGAGAGCUUGUCGGAGGAGGAAGGCUCCGAUCAGCUGAGCGAGAGAUGCGGGAGCUAUAGUCUGAGCGCUGAUGUUAGCGAGUCAGAGAGCUGCAGUAGUUUCUCGGGCAGGAGGUUUGAUGGAGAAGGAGGGGCUUCCAGCUCCAUGGCUUCGUCUCCGCGCCCGGGGGUAGGGAACUUCUGCUUUCCGGCGCCUGUGGUGAUGAUGCCUGUGAUUGGAGGCAAGGAUGUGGUUGUCUGGGACGAGAAGACUGAGAAACGGGAGACUGAUUUGUCAGAGGUUGAGAUGAUGAAAGAGAGAUUCGCUAAGCUUCUAUUAGGAGAGGACAUGUCUGGAGGAGGUAAAGGAGUCUGUACAGCGCUGGCCAUUUCUAAUGCCAUUACCAAUCUAUCUGCCACUGUGUUUGGUGAACUAUGGAGAUUAGAGCCACUGGCCUCUCAGAAGAAGGAAAUGUGGCGCCGACAAAUGGAUUGGCUUUUGUGUGUUAGCGAUUCCAUUGUUGAACUUGUCCCUUCCAUGCAACAAUUUCCUGGUGGGGCUACAUAUGAAGUGAUGGCAACAAGGCCUCGGUCAGAUUUGUAUGUGAAUUUGCCUGCCUUGAAGAAGCUGGAUGCCAUGUUGAUUAGUCUGCUUGAUGGGUUUUCUGAUACAGAGUUCUGGUAUGUUGAUCGGGGGAUAGUUCUAGGUGAUGGUGGUGAUUUUGAUGCCUAUCAAUUAGGGGCUUCUGGGCAGAAGCCUUCUAUUAGGCAGGAAGAGAAGUGGUGGCUUCCUUGUCCUAAAGUACCGCCAGAUGGGUUGUCGGAGGAUGCCAGAAAGAAGUUGAAACAAUGUAGGGAUUCCACAAACCAGAUAUUGAAAGCUGCCAUGGCUAUCAAUAGUAGUGUGCUUGCUGAAAUGGAGAUACCCUUUGCAUAUUUGGAGACUUUACCAAAGAGUGGGAAAGCUUGUCUUGGUGAUAUCAUCUAUCGCUACAUAACUGCUGAGAAGUUCUCUCCAGAAUGUCUCCUCGAUUGUCUAGAUCUUUCAUCAGAACAUCACAUCCUGGAAGUUGAAAACAGGAUUGAGGCUGCACUUUAUGUUUGGAAGCAAAAAGACCUUCCAAAGCACAUGAAGCACAUAAAAGUUCGGCAUUCAUCAUGGGGUCGUAAGGUCAAGGGCCUUGUUUCCGCCUCUGAAAAAAAUCAUUUUUUUGCCCAUCGUGCCGAGUGCCUCUUACAAAGCCUGAGCCUUAGAUUCCCUGGCCUCCCACAGACUGCACUGGAUAUGAACAAGAUUCAAUACAACGAGGAUGUUGGUCAGUCUAUCCUUGAAAGCUACUCGAGAGUAAUGGAGAGCUUAGCCUUCAACAUUAUGGCUAGGAUAGACGAUGUUCUAUAUGUCAAUGAUGCGACUAAGAGAUGUGCUGCAGCAGAAUCAAUGUCCCUUUUCAGCAGGGGAGGUUUAGGUCGCAUUCCCAACGAGAAGCGAAUGUCACCCAGCCCUUUCUCAAUUCAGCACACCCCUUAUGCCUCGCCAUUUGCAACCCCAACCUUUUGUUCUUCUAGUCCCAUCACUCGAAGCCCGGGAAGGGUACCAUCCUCUCUGAAGAAGACUAGUUUUAAGGAGGCACCUGAGUGGAAGUUGGAAAAACCAUUCCCGUCAGAUUUUGAGAAUAUUCGGUCUUAUGCCGGAAACCUUAGUGCAAGAAGAGUCUCAGGGGAUGCUCCUGCAGCUCCGGAGCGAGAUUAACACAGAGGAGUCAAUAUCUAGAGCGAAACGAGCUUAAAGCAUUUACUAAGCAUAGCAACAACAGAGUACAUAAAGUUGACGUGGGAAUCUUCUGGCAAUUGGGGAAUUUUUUUUUACCAUUUUGUAUAUUCUUUGAAAGUAGAAAUCUCUGGUUUUUAUUAUGUUUUAGUUGCUUAGGA